GCUGUCUAGUCCAUUCUGACCCAGAGUGGCCCUAUAGGAUAGAGAAGAACUUUCCCGGUAGAUCUCCACUGCGCAGAUGGUGGAUUUGAACUGCCAAUCUUUUGGUUAGCCGUCAAAAGCUUAACCACUGGCAUACCUUGGUUAAUAAACAAAUACAGAGAUUCUGAAAAAGAUAUCUUUUCCAGUUUUGGAAAGGGAUAGUUGACUAAGCUUCCUAUAUCCUUACUCUCUUUAAUAUAUAUGUAUAUUUUCAAUUCCAGGACUGACUUUCAGAUUUUGACAAACAGAAGCCAUGUUAUUGUCGGAGAGAAAUAAAAGUGGGGCCACUUUCACCCUUUUAGGUUUCUCAGAUUACCCAGAACUGCAGGUUUCUCUUUUCUUGGUAUUUCUGGCCAUCUACAGUGUCACUGUUGUAGGGAAUCUUGGAAUGAUUAUAAUCAUUAAAAUUAAUCCCAUACUGCAUACCCCCAUGUACUUUUUCCUCAGCCACCUCUCAUUCAUGGAUUUCUGCUAUUCUUCCAUCGUUGCUCCCAAAAUGCUGGUGAACCUAGUUGUAGAAGACAGAACCAUUUCAUUUUUAGGAUGUGUAGUUCAAUUCUUUUUCUUUUGUACCUUUGUGGUGACUGAAAUAUUUUCAUUAGCUGUAAUGGCCUAUGACUGCUUUGUGGCCAUUUGCAACCCUCUGCUCUACACAGUUGCCAUGUCCCAGGGACUCUGUGCUAUGCUGGCGGUGGGAUCAUAUGCAUGGGGAGUAGGGUGUUCCUUGAUACCCACAUGCUCUGCUUUGAAAUUAUCUUUUCGUGGUCCCAACAAAAUCAAUCACUUCUGUGAGUUCUCCUCACUUCUGUCUCUUUCUUGCUCUGAUACUUCUCUAAGCCAGUUGCUGCUUUUCAUCUUUGUUAUUUUUAAUAAGGUGAGUACAUUACUCAUCAUCUUCACUUCUUAUGUGUUUAUCGUUGUCACCAUCUUAAAAAUGCAUUCAGUCAGUGGUCAUCAUAAGGCGUUCUCUACCUGUGCCUCUCAUCUGUCUGCUAUCACAAUCUUCCAUGGCACCAUCCUAUUCCUCUAUUGUGUGCCCAACUCCAAAAACUCCAGGCACACCGUCAAAGUAGCCUCUGUGUUUUACACAGUGGUGAUCCCCAUGUUGAAUCCAUUGAUCUACAGCCUGAGGAAUAAGGAUGUCAAGAAUACAGUCAGCAAGAUAAUGGACACUAAAAUCUUUUCUCAUUGCAUGUUAUUUUAGUAGGAUAUUUCCUUAACUUGUAAGUAAGGGGUGUCCAUAAAGAUGGUUUUUAAAGAUAUCAAUAAAAUUAAUAGUUAAUAUUGUACAGUGGUGAGGAAGUGAAUUUUUGGUUUAAAGAUGUUAAACUUGGUUUUGUCUCUUAAGGACAAAGGCCAGCAAUCUAUCUCAUCUUUAGUUUUAAAUCUAUGAAAUUGUGAUAACAUGAGGUAACUCAUAAUCUGAUAGUGAAGGCCAAAAGGUAAUAUAGAUAUCAUCUGUGACACUUUGUUU